AUAAAACAAAAAUACUGUUCCCUCAAUUCUCAUAUUCCGCACUUUUCACAAUCAAGUUUCUCUUCUCUCGUAUCGUCUUCAUCCUCUCGUCAUCCAUGGCUCGUACAAAGCAAACCGCUCGCAAGUCCACCGGUGGAAAGGCUCCCAGGAAGCAACUCGCCACCAAGGCUGCGAGAAAAUCUGCUCCCACAACCGGUGGAGUCAAGAAGCCUCAUCGUUAUCGCCCUGGAACCGUUGCUCUUCGUGAGAUCCGAAAAUACCAGAAGAGCACCGAGCUUCUGAUCCGCAAGCUUCCCUUCCAGCGUCUCGUUCGUGAAAUUGCCCAAGACUUCAAGACGGAUUUGAGAUUCCAAAGUCACGCCGUUCUUGCGCUUCAGGAAGCUGCGGAGGCUUAUCUUGUGGGUUUGUUUGAGGACACCAAUUUGUGUGCGAUUCAUGCGAAGAGGGUCACCAUCAUGCCCAAGGACAUUCAACUUGCCCGCCGUAUUCGUGGAGAACGUGCUUAGAUGGAUGUCGUAGUUUCUUUUUCGUUUUCCAAUACAUUUCGUGUUCUUAGGGCUUUAGUAAUUUUAAUUCAAGUUUCUUUGCGUUAUUGUAUAGAUAGAUACGAAUGGACCAACCUCUUCAGUUUGAAUAGUUCGUAAAGAAAAACAUCUGAAUAAUUAGAUUAUUGUUGGACCAGUUUGUUGUGAAAUUAAUCUUUUACAUUCAAGUCUUUGCAAUUUGUUAAUUAUCUGUGCUUGGGUUUCUUAUACUGAUUUUGUUUUUCUUGGGUUAUUUUAUUAAUACGCGGUUAGGAGUGGUUAUUUUACGCGUUUUUGACCCAAUCACAUUAAGGUAGGCAAUAGUCUCGUUCAAUUGCAAUAAAUUGUGUUGGGUCGAACCUUCGAGGAAUUAUAAUAACUAAAAUUGCUAUCAGUGGUGGACUGGUGGGUUGGAAAUUUUCAACUGCAUUGUUAGU